AUGAAUAAUUCGAGGAGCCCAGUACGAUCUGGUCAAAGGGCAAGUGGGGAAGAAAUAGUGAAAGAUUAUACGCUUGAGCCUGAACACGAACUACGAUUUGAAGUUGACUUUGGAACUACUGUGAAACUUAAGUUGAUCUCAGGCACAGCAGAGAUCUUUGGAACUGAGAUUGGAAUAGCUCCCGAGUACGAAUUCACGGGACGCAAAGUAGCUGUGUUCACUUGGCGAGGAACAUGCAGCGUGGAAUAUGUUGCCACAGAAACACCAAUGGUCAGUUAUUUGAACAUGCAUCUAGCAUUGGAGCAACUACGUGAACAAGCCAAGAUUACGAAUAAACAAGGGCCAAGGGUGUUAAUUGUGGGACCAGAAGAUGUAGGGAAAACGUCAUUGAGCAAGAUACUUCUCAGCUAUGCAUUACGACAAAGUCACAACCCUAUCUUCAUCGAUCUCGAUCCAAAUGAGGGUACAAUAACCAUGCCGGGAACUCUCAGUGCGACAUCAAUCACGCACAUAAUUGAUGUCGAGGAAGGCUUUGGUUCUUCUGCUACAACAGCACCAUCGAUGGGAUCGACGACGUUGCCAUUAGUUUAUUACUACGGGUAUGCUGAUUCAGGAGAAAAUUUGAAACUGUUUAAGAUGUUGACCAGUCAAUUGGCUAAGGUUGUCAAGGCUAGAAUUGACGAGGAUGCAAACGCUCGUGUCUCCGGCCUUGUUAUCGAUACGAAUGGAUUAACAGAUAAUACAGGAUACGAAAUCAUUCAACAUUGUGUGGAACUAUUCUAUGUGAACAUAAUAAUUGUCCUUGGUCAUGAACGUCUUUACAGCGAUAUGGACAGAUUAUACAAUGACAAUAAUGACGUGACUGUUCUCAAAUUGCUGAAAUCUGGAGGUGUCGUCGAUCGUGAUAAUUCCUUUCGUCGUCAACUUCAAAUGCGCAAGAUACGAGAAUAUUUCUAUGGUACACCUAAAUGCGAACUAUCGCCAUAUUCAACGAUUAUCAACUUCCAUGACUUUUCUAUCUAUCGAGUUGGAGUAGGUUCACUCGCCCCGUCAUCGGCAUUACCAAUUGGUAUUGAUCGCAAAGUAAGCGAAACCCAGCUUGUAAAAGUUGAACCUGAUGAUAGCUUAUCACAUUCCAUAGUAGCAAUAUCAGCAUCAGAAACAUCUGAUGAGGUUCAAUUGCUCGAAGCUAAUAUAUUGGGAUUCAUUUAUGUCACAGAAGUUGAUACUGCGAAACAUAAAAUGACGGUGCUGUCUCCAUGUCCAGGACGAUUACCUAAUCAAUUCUUGUUAGUAGGAUCUUUCAAAUGGAUGGAGAGCUGA